AUGAAUAUUUUACACACACACACACACACACACACACAUCUAUCUAUCUAUCUAUCUAUCUAUCUAUCUAUCUAUCUAUCUAUAAGUGUCUCUGCAGACAUGAUUAUAAAUGAGAUUGAGUAUAUUGGAGCACCAAAUUCUUUGCCUUUCUUUAUUUCUUCAAUUCUCUUUCAUUUUUUUCUUUCACAUUUAAACUCUUUACCAUUCUUUAUUUUCUUAAUUUUCUUUCUUUUUUUCACAUUCUGUGUCUUCCUUUCUUUCCUCAAUUUUCUUUAUUUUUUCUUUCACAUUUACAUGCUUUACCUUUCUUUAUUUCCUCAAUUUUCUUCCUUUUUUUCUUUCACAUUCUUUGCCUUCUUUAUUUUCUCAAUUUUCUUUCUUUUUUCUUUCACAUUCUUUGCCUUUCUUUAUUUUCUCAAUUUUCUUCCUUUUUUUCUUUCACAUUCUUUGCCUUUCUUUAUUUUCUCAAUGUUCUUCCUUUUUUCUUUCACAUUCUUUGCUUUUUUUCCUCAAUUUUCUUUCUUCUUUUUUCUCUCACUUACAUUCUUUGUCUUUUUUUCCAUUUCUUUUUUCUUCUUUGCUCUCCCUUUUUAUUUUACUCUUUUCUUUCUUAAUAUUAUCUCUGUUUUUUACUUUUACAUUCAUUGCAUUUUUUCUAUUCACUUUUCUUUUUCUUCAUCUUUUCUUUGUCUUCAAAUCUUUCCCCCAAUGGUAAAGAAAAUAUCUAUCUAUCUAUCUAUCUAUCUAUCUAUCUAUCUAUCUAUAUAUAUAUAUAUAUUGAUUAUCCUUCUAUCUUUCAUUCUCAUUCUUUUUUAUUUAUUAUUCAACUGCUUUUUCCCUCAUCUAUUAAUUUUUCUAUCUGUUGAUCUCUCUAUUUCACCUUUCAUCUCUCUUUCAUAUAUAUAUAUAUAUAUAUAUAUAUAUAUCCCUCUCUUAAAUCCUAUUUUUCUCUAUUCAUCUUUAUCUAUCUUCUUUCUUUAUCCACAUCACUUUUUUCAUCUUUCUGUUUCUAUCUCUCUCUCUUUCCUUUCUUUUCAUUCUCUAUUUAUAUCUUUCUCUUCUUUUUCCCUUUUCUUCUCAUAUCUUGUCCUUAUUUUCCUUACUCAUUAUAUUUCUCUUUCUUUCUUUCUUUCUUUCUUUCUAUGUAAUUUAAUUCUUAUCUUUUUUGUUAUCGUUCUCUCACUCUGUUUUUUACUUCAUCCCUCUCUUUCUCUUUUUCCUAUUCUUCUACCCUUUCUCUUUUUUGUUUUACUCUAUUCUUCUCUGCCUGUGCUCUCCUGGACAUGA